AUGUUUCAUGAAUUUUUAUUUCCAUUUUUUUGCUUUUUUGAAAGCUUUCAUCUUCAUUUUUCUCAUAUUGCAUCAGAAUGGGACUUUUAUCAAGACAUAACAGCAACAUCAUUGAAUCAACAACUUUUACACUCCCCACAAUAUUUUCGUUGUCUUUUUGUAACAUUUUUCCUUUUAAGAUAUUAA